AUUUUAAGUCUUUGUUUGAAUGCAGUCAAUCGUGAAGAAAAGGGUGUGUUAUUAAGAAGGAGACACCUCCUUACCAAUAGAGAGCAUAUAAGACGGACUCAAGAACGUUUGAGAGGCAUUUUGGAAAGCAAUUAUCAAAAUAGCUGAUCAUUCUAAAAACACUAAGGACUUUUCUGUUAAAAAAAGUUCUAAACUCUGAUUCGAGGAGAGCUAGCCUUCAGAAAGCAUAUAUCACAGUUUACUGCUUACAAGUGAUCCAGAAAUCCAAGAAAAAAAAAUGUUUCUUAACGUCACAUCAGUUGCUGUCAUUGGAAUGAGUUCUUUGGCGUUUGCUUCAGUGAAUGUGCCUCUCUCAGCGGUCAGCAUUAUUGUGAAUCUUUAUUUUAUCUUCUGCAUGGCCUUCCCUGAACAAGGGUCAGAACGGAUGAAGCAACCCCUUAAGGUCUUACUGGGAUCUCUGUUCGGAUUCAACACUGCUCUUCAUGCCUGCAGCUUACUUUGGGCUUUAAAGGAUUUUUUAUUUUUUACAGUUACUCCAUUCGCUAUGGUAUUUACUUAUAUUGUCCUAGAUCUUGUGCUUUUUUCUGUAAGGGCCAGCGUCACAUCCUCUCUUUGGCUGAAUGUGUUCUACUACUGCCAGAUCGUUCCUGCACAGCGCCCCGUCUUCAUCUGGGUGAAGAAGAACAUCAAAAGCUUCAUAUACUUUUCUCUAAUCGUCGAUAAAAUUUACAUUCUUUUGGGAUUGAUCCUAAAUGUAACAGAUACUGCUGUUUACUUUUCAACAUUUUUUAAAUAUAUUGAAAUAGUAAAUUACACAAACGUAAACCCGCUGGAAAUGUUUGCGACAACAAGUUGUGCGACUGUCCUCUAUCUCUGGAAGCACAUAAAGAGCAUGAAGGAUGGUAGCAGCACUAUCUCCUCGCCACAUCUCAAGAAACAGAUGAGAGUGACAAUCACAGGCAUCGCACAGGCUGUCCUUUACUUCCUGUGUGCAAUCUGGACGAGCCUCGAUGCACUCUUUAGAAUUAAAUUACCAAUUGUUUUCGACAUGGAUCGGCAUAUCCUUUGUACUGUUAUUUGUUUUUAUUCUUUUGGGACGACCAUUAAUGUGUGUGUUGGUCAGACAAUGCUUAGGCAGCGAGUUGUUCACCUUCAGAAGAAG